ACCGUCAGCCACGUCACACAUUAGAGAGAGAGAGAGAGAGAGAGAGAGAGGGAGUUCUGCAGUGAAUAUAAAACAGAUCUUUAUAUUAUCAUAACAUUAAACUGUGUGAUAUGACAGACGUGCAGAUUUAAUAGCGACAGUGUGAAUGUGAUGCGCAUGCGCUGCUGCAGGAUCUGAAAACAGCUGUACAACUCUUCUGCUUCAUCUUUUUGUUUUUCAUUGCGUUAUUAAUCGAUAAAAUGAACGUCUUUCGUCUGUCUGGAGAUAUUUGUCAUCUGGUCGCGAUUAUUAUUCUCUUCAUGAAGAUCUGGAGGUCCAAAUCAUGCGCAGGGAUUUCUGGGAAGUCUCAGGUGUUGUUUGCUCUGGUCUUCACCACCAGAUACCUGGACCUCUUCACCUCCUUCAUCUCCAUCUAUAACACUGUCAUGAAGGUGGUUUAUUUGGCUUUGGCUUAUGCCACCGUCAGUCUGAUCUACUUCCGCUUCAGGAACUCAUAUGAUUCUGAGAGCGAUUCCUUCAGGGUGGAGUUCCUCCUGGUUCCUGUAGCCGGUCUGUCUUUCUUGGAAAACUACGCCUUCACACCUCUUGAGAUUCUGUGGACGUUCUCCAUCUAUCUGGAGUCUGUUGCCAUCCUGCCACAGUUGUUCAUGAUAACUAAGACGGGUGAGGCGGAGUCCAUCACCACACACUAUCUCUUCUUUUUGGGUCUUUAUCGCACUCUUUACCUCGGUAACUGGGUCUGGCGUUAUCACGUGGAAGGAUUCUUUGACCAGAUCGCUGUCGUGUCCGGUGUGGUUCAGACCAUCUUCUACUGUGAUUUCUUCUAUCUGUACUUCACCAGAGUGCUCCGAGGAAGUGGAAAGAUGGGUUUGCCAAUGCCAGUGUGAGAUAUUGGAACAGUGUUAGGCCACACCCCCCACUGUGACAUCACCACUCACUGCUGUCUUCCCAGAUGUUGUUCUUCUGUUUUAACUACACAUCCCAGCUGUAGUGUCAAUCGUGCCUUAAGUGACCAGAUAACAGCUGGACACUCGCCUCAUGUUCAAUGCCUUAAUCUUUAGAAACAGACAACUGUCCUAUAAAGACUGUGCACGCGUGUGUGAGUUUGUGUGUAUGUCGGUGUGUGGGGGUCAUCCUGUCUACAUAUUUGUUUUUUGGGAUUAAUUUGUCUGUGUGUCUAUGUGAUGUAUGUGUCUGUCUGCGUGUGUUUUUUUUUCUGUCUGCUUGUGUGUCUAUGUGAUUUGUGGGUCUUAAAACACUCCAAAUUGUGUGUUACAUGUUUUUUUCCUCUCUAGCUCAUGUUGUGAUUUUCUCAUGAUGUGUUUGUGUUUUGGUUGUAUUAAGGAGUGUGUACGACUCAACAGAUAUUUGGCAAUAUUGUACUUAAUCAUUUUUUUAAUGAAUCUAAUUUUGAUAAAGCAUGUUUUAUACAACAUGUGAAUAAAGAGAGAUUGAUUUCU